UUCAACAGAGGCACAUUUAGCUUUACUGGUCAGAGAUCAAGACCCCAGGCGCAGCACUAGCCCGCAUCAGCCAUGGCGUUGAGACUGUGUGUACUUGCUCUGCUGGUGGCGUCGGUGAACGCCUGUUGUUCCCCCCUGCAAUGGGAGAUGACCGGCGGGACGGUGUCCGGCAGGGUGGCCAUUGAUGAUUUAACACUGACCGAGUUUCACUAUGAUCUCCACUACGACGCCGUCAACCUUAAGGUCGCCAUGAGGAGCGAGUACGUCACAUCGAACAUCAGGAACAUGACCAUCCUUGAUUAUGAAGCCGGACGGAUCUACCAGGUAGACGAGGUCACUGGGGCCUGUGAGAUUCGCACUCUCGAUACACCUUUCGAACCUUCGUGCACUCCGGCUGAUGCUACAGUCAACGACCACUUCUUCGUCGGAGGCGGCGACCAAGAACGACUUCCGGCGGCGUCGUUCAAGUACGUCCGGCCUGACAAAUCGGGCUACGUGACCGUGACGGAGGGGGACAGCCCAGAUUCCACAUGUGUACCCAUUGUUGCUUUCGAUUUUAACCUGUCGGAGAUGACGUUCAUGGUGUUCAGGAAUAUUAUGGACGGUAUUGCCGACCCCAGCAUCUUCGACCCACCGGACAGCUGCAAUUUCGCAAAGGAGACCCCGCUGAAGCGCAAGAUGAACGUGCAUCCCUUUCUGCGCUUCCCUGUGACCUAUCAACAUUAAACAGUAUUUCUCCAUUUCCAAAUGCAAUAUAUGAAUUAUCUUUUCACGGAAAAAGGGAAAUAAGAGUGUGUCUUGUUUAUGCAAACUGAGCUAUCGGUAUCGGGCAGGGACAUGCUCGCACUUUUCGCGAACACCUGUUGUUGUGGCUGAAAUGGAUAGAAUUAUCAUUAAACCGCCCGCAUGUUAUCAGAAAUGAGCGGGCCACUGUAACUUGAUCAUGGCUAUAUAAACAUAGGAUAACUACGCAAAUGGAAAUAGUUUUUCACGAUUUAGGAUAUUUUCUCAAUGAAAGUUAACCAUUCUAUGACAUAUGUUUAUCUUGAUAUGUAGACUUGUCAAAAAUGAAACAGAUGAAAAACAUAUGCAAUAUCUUGUUGAAUGGACCGUGUGAGAUGUGACAAAUCGUCACAUGGCGCUGGCCUAUGGCAGAGGUACCAUGCUGUUCGCAUGGAACUCUUGGUAGGAGAGUAUGUUGUGAAAUCCGUGUUGAUUGCAGUAAAUGUUUCCAAACCGA